AAUACAUACGCAAUGGUUAAUUUGUAAUUAUACAAAUAGAUUAUAUAUAAUAAAUAUGAAAACAGUUGUAUGGACAUUUCUUUUUACUUGUUUAUUUGCCAAAGUUUCGUCUUGGGUUAGUAUAUAUUUUGUUUAAUUAAACCUUUUGAUUUACUCAGUUUAUAUCAGUGCUUCAAGGUAUACCGGCCACCAAUCAUUAUUAUAAUAGAAUUAAGUGUUUUAUUCGUGAGUUUGGAGUUUGGAAUAACAAUCAAAUAGUGUGGACGGACCGGUAUCCAGCUCAAGUACCAGCUGCCAUUGUCCACUUGAUCUAAAAGAAGUUUGUGGAUCUGACAAUGUCACCUACAAGAAUGAAUGUGAAUUCAAAUGUGAACAAAAGAAAAAUUACAAAUUAAAACUAAUGGCAAAUGUAUCCUGUGAAAAACAAAGUAAAAAAAAUGCUACGUUGGACACUUGCGAUUGUUUGGAAAAAACAUUGGGACCGGUUUGUGGAUCUGAUGGCAAUAUCUAUUACAAUGAGUGUUUUUUUAAUUGUCAGCAAAAAUUAAUUCCAAAUCUACUUUUAGUCUCAAGAUCUGUCUGUGACGAAUAUAGUAGUGAAGAUAAUUCAUUUGAAACUACAAAAAGUUGGAAGCAAUCUUUAAAAUCAAGUCAAAAGUUCGAAUCAAAACUAGAAUCAUUUCCAGAAAGUUCGACAGAAAUAAAUUCAGUGUCAGAACUAGAAACUGAGUCCGAACCAGAGUCAGAACUUGAAUCAGAAACAGAAACAGAACUAGAGUCGGAAACAGAGUCGGAAACAGAGUCGGAAACAGAGUCGGAAACAGAGUCGGAAACAGAGUCGGAAACAGAGUCGGAACCAGAAUCGGAACCAGAAUCGGAAUCAGAGUCGGAACCAGAGUUAGAAACAGAGUCAGAAACAGAAUCAGAAACAGGAUCAGAAACAGAGUCAGAACCAGAAUCAGAAUCAGAUUCAGAACCACUCUCAGAUUUAAAAUCAAAAUCAGAAUCAGAACCAGAAUUAAAACCAGAGUCAGAAUCGAAGUCAGAAGCAGAGUCAAAAUCAGAAUCAGUUUGGGAAUGGGAAUCAGAUAUAGAAGAUACGUGCAUUUGCCCGCUAAUAGAUCAACCAGUUUGUGGAACUAAUGGUAAUGUUUACAUAAAUAUGUGUUACUUGCGUUGUCAUCAAGAUGUAGAUCCGAACUUACGACCAACUAAAAAGUCACUGUGUAAAAACAAACCAAUUACACAAGGAAAAUUUGAAAUAAUUGAUGAAGAUCCUUUCAUGCCGGACUCUUCAGAAUCGGAUGAAUAUGAUGAGGAAAACAAUUCGACUUGCAAGUGUCCGGACGUAGCUGAACCUGUUUGCGGUUCUGACGGUAAAAUUUAUGGUAGUUUAUGUUUUCUACGUUGCAAGCAAAAUCACGAUCACAAUCUAAAAUUUGCCAAAAUGUCGGAAUGUGAACUAGGCUCUAAAACACACGAUAAACACACACAUAAUUCAAAUGGACACAAACAUAGAAGAUGCGCUUGUACAAAUCAAAAAAAACUUGUGUGUGGAAACGAUGGUAAAAUAUACAAAAAUUCUUGUAAAAUGAGGUGCCUACUACAGGAAGAUUCUAAAUUAGAUACACCCAAAAGAUCAGCAUGUGAAUACAAAAUUGAAUAUGAUACGAGUUCUGAUCCCUGCGUUUGUCCUAAGAUUGGACCACGUGUUUGUGGAUCUGAUAAUAGAACCUAUCCCAAUGAAUGUUUUCUGAAUUGUCUACGAAAAUAUGACUACAAACUGUUUAUAGUUGAUCAGGCACCCUGCAAAGAAGUAGAAUUACCCCAGAAAACUCCAUCAAAAACCGAAAACCCAAUGAAGCAAUAUUUAGAUAUUACAUCAAGACUUUUAGUAAAGGUAAUUCCAUUAGACUGCAUUUGCCCGAAUAUAUAUCGACCGGUAUGUGGAUCUGAUCAUCAUACUUAUAAGAAUGUGUGUUCUCUAAAAUGUCACCGACAGUUGAAAAAGAAUGUGGUGAUAGUUGCUUAUAGAGCAUGUGAACAUGAAAAUAGAAAACAUAGAAAUAUUAGAAAAAAUAGAAAAAGCGAAGAAGCUCUUUCUGACGACAGAAAAGAGUCUUAUCAGUGGUUCAUGCCUAUUUUUAAGACCUUAUCACACGUUUUAGCUGAACAUCUUUUGGAGAAAGUGCUUUUCUCUAAAAAAGAACCACCUCAGAAAGGUACAUCAGAUAUUACAGGUACAGAUGUUUCCACUCCUCGACCAAGUAAUGUUUUAGCGAAGCCUCAAUUUUUAAAUUGCGUUUGCAACAAAAUUAUUGAUCCAGUUUGUGGAUCCGAUGGUAUAACUUAUGUAAAUAAAUGUGUCCUAGCUUGUAAUCAACUGGAGAAUCCGACUUUAUCAUUAGUUGUCUUCGCUCCAUGUAAUGUAAAUAUCGCACCUAAAGUGGUUAGUCCAGUGCCUCAAGCAAGUGACCGUUUACCGAAACUUCAGUAUAAGAAUUGCGUUUGUUCAAACAUUCUAAAACCAGUUUGUGCAUCUGAUGGUAAAACAUAUACAAAUAUAUGUUUACUAGCUUGUCAUCAAGUGUACAAUCCCAGUUUACAAGUAAUUUCAUACGGAACAUGUGAAAACCAAUUUUUACCACCGACCCCACCAGUCAACAGUAUUGUUUUCUCCGAUGGUCGCGUCUUAAAAUGCAAAUGCACAACUCAAAUACAACCAGUUUGCGGUACUGAUAAGAAAACCUAUCCGAAUUUUUGUUUCUUUCUAUGCAGCCAGGAACAUUUCCCUGGACUAAGAUUAUUCAGCCAAACACCAUGCGCCCUGAAUAAAAUGAGACGCAAAUUUCGAAUGACAGUAUUAUAGUAUUAUAUGUAGUUCAGUAAUGUACUUUUUUAAACAAUAAAGCAUUUC